CAAGGAGGCUGACAGGACUCGAGGGAGGAGAGAAAACAUGGCGUCUGGAUAUGCGUGGUUCCUUGUGCUGGGGUCGGUUUUUCUGUGCAAUCUCAUGAAAACACUCCUGCCGACAAUAUCCUCUUUCCUCUCAAAGAUGGUGCAGAAAGAUGCGGAGCAGGAGAGUGAGAUGAGGGCUGAAAUUCAGGAGAUGAAGAAGGAGCAGUCCUCCAUUAGCAUGAUGGAUGAGUUUGCAAGAUAUGCCAGACUGGAGCGCAAAAUCAACAAGAUGACAGACAAGCUGAAAACGCACGUGAAAUCAAGAACAGCACAACAAGCCAAAAUGAAAUGGGUUGUCAACAUUGUCUUUUAUAUACUGCAGAUCAAAAAGAAGCAGCAAGAUGUGGUCGCCUUCCUGGAGGCUCUUAAAGUGGACUACACUCAGUUGGACAUCGCCUGCAACGAGGAGAACCGCAUGUGGAUGAGGCAGAAUGUCCCAGAGGAGAAGAAGCCUGCCAACGGCAUCCCCCUGCCACCUCAGAUCUUCAAUGAAGAGAGCUACUGCGGGGACUACGACACAUUCUUCGAUGCCAAGGAGGACAACUUGGUGUAUUCUUUCCUGGGGCUGCCCCCUCCUCCUGGGUCAAAGGAAGCAGUGCAGGCGGACAAGGCGGAUAUUGUGGAGAACGGGACCCAUGCAGAGGAAACUAAUGCAGAGGGAAACCUUGAUGACUCAAUAGAGGUACCAGUGGAGGAGCGUAACGGGGAUGCACACGGCAAGGAGGAGCUGGCACAGGCAGCUGAUGAGGAGGAGGAAGGUGAGGGUGGUGAAGAGGAGGAGGGGGAGGUAGCAGAAGGAGAGACUGCAGAUGAUGAAGCCAUGGAAGAAGAAACAGCAGGGGACGAGGCCCCUGCAGAGGAGGAGGAGGCAGUGGAAGAGACAGACGAGGUCACAGAAGACACACAGGCCCAUGCAGAGGAGGAAGAAGAACAGGAAGAAGCUGAUGAUGACAGGGAGGAAGAAGAGCUACGACAGCUUGAGGAAGAAGAAGAGGCUGAAGUACAAGAGGAGGAAGAGGCUGAGUAGUUGAAGCCAGGAGACGUGGAUGAUAUUGACUUACUACUGUCCAGCCUGAAGGAGCCUCCUGUCCUGUCUUUCCCUGACCCCUGAUGCUUGACCCACUCAACCCCUCAGAGAGCCCCGUCCACCACUCCCCAAGGCCGUACUGGACCCCACUGGAAACCGUCGGUCAUGUGCUUGAAGGCGUCAAUCCAAACUGAGUCCUAACCCACAUAUGCAACCCCCAUCCCUUUUGACUGCAAUGUUGACUUAAUUUUUAUAUUUUGCGUGUAGAGUCAUACUGUAAUGAAAAUGUGCAGAGUAGCCUAGAGGCGUCUGUUUGUUUUUAAUGAGUAGCUUUUGUAAAAUGCACCAACAGUUAUGUUGUUAAAUUCAAACAUAUUUCUCAUGUUUUACUUUUAGAGAUUCUAGUUUUCUAACACAAAGAGGCAGUGACCUUUUCAAACAAAAUAUACUCCCUUGGCAUACCUUAGCGUGUGCCUCCUGGCUUUCACAUUCAAAGGUUCACAACUCACUCUCUAGCAAGUGUCCUGUACUUUUAUUACGAUGUUGUGCCAUGAUGACUCCUUCAAACAGCUGAAUGUAUGAAUGCAAACUACGACUCCUAAUGGCCACAUGAGAAAGAAAAUACACACAUCCUGCAAGAUUGCAAACUACUCCCCCACCACUGCAAAUACUUCUGCUAAUACUACUGUCUAAUCAAUGCACUUUGUUGAAUGAAGAGUAAAACAUGUGACUAAGACCAUCCUGGAUGCAAUUGAAAAUGCAAUAAAGUAG